AUGGCGGACCACGACGAGUCGGUGAGGGAGUUCGUUGCAGUUACAGAUGUUGAUGAGGAGAGGGCCCGUUUUUUCCUUGAAUCGGCUGGCUGGGAUUUACAGCUUGCGCUUGCUAGUUUCUUUGAAGAUGGAGCGGAGGACGACAUCGUAACUCUUCCUCAGCCAGAAACGGGCCCAGUCUCUCGGUCGUCAGGCCCAAGUGAGCACAGGGUGACUUCAUUUAGAGAUCUGAUGCAUGAGGAGGAAGAAGAGAGUGAUGAAGAGGAAGGACAAAGGUUCUUUGCGGGGGGCUCAGAGCGUAGUGGACAGCAGAUUGUAGGCCCUCCUAAGAAGAAGAGCUCAAAUGAAGUAAUAGAGGAUUUGUUUAAAGGGGCAAAGGAGCAUGGGGCAGUCCCUGUGGACAAAGCUGGCAAACCUGGAGAGUCAAGCAGGGCCAAGCCAUUUGUAGGGGGUGGCUAUCGGUUGGGUGCUGCACCUGAGGAGGAGUCUGCUUAUGUAGCUGGAGAGAGGAGACCUUCCAGAGGCUCACAGGAUGUCCAUGUGGUACUGAAACUCUGGAAGACUGGAUUCAGCCUUGAUGAUGGUGACCUCAGGAACUACAGCGAUCCUGGGAAUGCUAGUUUCCUGGAGUCCAUCCGUAGGGGGGAGAUACCACUGGAGUUGAGACAACGUUCUCGGGGUGGACAAGUCAACCUGGACAUGGAAGACCACAGAGAUGAGGACUUCUCCAAACCCAAGGCUGCUUUUAGGGCCUUCACUGGAGAGGGCCAGAAACUGGGCAGUGCGACUCCUGAGUUGGUGUCAGCUCACAGGAUGAUGGGUGGGCAGGAGGAUCAGACUGCUAAUGAAGCUCAGGCCAGUGCCUCUGUUACUGUGGAUAACUCUCAACCAGUCACCAACAUCCAGAUUAGACUGGCAGACGGAGGCAGACUGGUGCAGAAAUUCAACCACACCCAUAGGGUAUCUGAUGUGCGUCAGUUUAUUGUGAGUGCGCGGCCAGCCAUGGCUGCAGCAGAGUUUGUUCUCAUGACAACCUUUCCGAACAAAGAGCUAACGGACGAGAACCAGACACUGAAAGAUGCUAACCUGCUGAAUGCUGUCAUUGUGCAGAGGCUAAAGUGACAGCGCCCUCUGGUGACAAGGCCGUAUUACAGCACUCUCAGUUUUCCCUUUGAUUGGGAAACUUGGACUUAUGGACUUGGAAUGACUAAAUUUUGUUUCUUUAGUGAAAUAUUUUUCUUCUUCUGAAACGGGCAUUUCUGGAUUAGCAAAAAUGAGAUGGGGGGGGGGGAUGGGCUAGAUGGUGAAAUGAUAACGAGAGGAGGGGAGAGUGGUGUGGAUCUGGUGGCCACUUUUUGCCAGUGAAAGUGGUCAGAUGAAUACGACUUUAAGAUAAUAAUAAAGUGGUUUUGAGAGAGUUU